AUGGCCGGGCUCAAAGAGGGGGACCAGUUUCCUCCUGAUGUUGUCUUCUCUUAUAUUCCCUACACCCCCGAAAGCUCUGCUAUUACCAGCUGUGGCAUCCCACAAAACUACAAUGCCUCCAAGGAAUGGGCGGAUAAGAAAGUCGUCCUCUUCGCCGUCCCCGGCGCUUUUACUCCAGGUUGCAGUGUCAGGCACCUGCCCGGUUACAUUGACGCGCUUCAAGAACUCAAAGGAAAGAAAGUGGAUAUAGUGGCCGUUUUGGCGUAUAACGAUGCUUUCGUGAUGAGCGCCUGGGGGAAGGCGAACGGUAUCAAGGAUGAGAUUCUGUUCCUUUCUGACCCCGAGACCAAAUUUUCCAAGUCCAUCGGCUGGACUCUCGGUGAACGAACCGCGCGGUAUGCCAUCAUCAUCGACCAUGGAAAGGUCGUUUACGCAGAGAAGGAACCUGGACGGGACAUUACAGUUUCCUCGGCCGCAGCUGUGCUUGCCAAACUAUGA